UUCCCAGGCUAUAUUGAAAUGCAAAAUCUCACACUCGUCUCAGAAUUCCAUCUCAUGGGCUUCUCAAAAGAUCCAGAGCUGCAGUCCCUUUUCCUGGGGCUGUUCCUCUCCAUGUACCUGGUCUCCGUGCUUGGGAACCUGCUCAUCAUCCUGGCUGUCACCUCUGACUCCCACCUGCACACACCCAUGUACUUCUUCCUCUAUAGCCUGUCCUUGGAUGACCUGGGUUUCAUCUCCACCACGGCUCCCAAGAUGCUUGUGGACAUUCAGACACAUAACACAGUCAUCUGUUACGCUGGCUGCCUGGCUCAGAUGUCUGUGUUUGUCCUCUUUGCUUGCAUGGAUAAUUUGCUCCUGACGGUGAUGGCCUAUGACCGGUUUGUGGCCAUCUGCCACCCCCUGCAUUACCAGGUCAUCAUGAAUCCUCGUCGCUGUGGCAUCUUAGUGUCAUUGUCCUUCGUGGCCAGCCUCUUGGAUGCCCUGGUGCACAGUCUGAUGAUCUUACAAGUCACCUGCUUCAAAGGAGUGGAGAUUUCCAAUUUCUUCUGUGACCCAUCUCAACUUCUCAGUCUUUCUUGCUUUGCUACAUUCAGCAGUGACGUCGGUAUAUAUCUUGUUGCAGUCAUAUAUGGCUUCCUCCCUAUCUCAGGGAUCCUCUUCUCCUACUCUAAAAUCGUCUCCUCCAUCCUGAGGGUCCCAUCUCCAGGUGGCAGGUACAAAGCCUUCUCCACCUGUGGCUCUCACCUCACUGUGGUUUGCUUAUUUUAUGGAACAUCGCUUGGCGUGUAUUUUAGUUCAACUUUCUCACUUUCUACCACCAAGUGUGCCUUGGCUUCAUUGGUGUACACCGUGGUCACCCCCAUGCUGAACCCCUUUAUCUACAGCCUGAGGAACAGCGACAUCAAGAGGGCCAUGCGGAGUGUCUUCAGCAAAAUACUCAAAUCCCAGUCCUUUGCCAAACAUUAA